CUUCAAGGCCGAUCUUGCUCAGGCUGAGAAGGAGCAUGCCGCUGUUCAGGCCAAAUUGGUAUGUGAGGAUCUCUUUCUGCUUUAAUUGGCAUCGUGCAAUCGCAUUUCCCUGCCUUGGAUGCGGUGACUUAUUACCGCUCCGUGGCCUUUUCUCUGCCUAACUGCCCAUUCGGACUGCCUUGCGCUACACUGACUCUUUGGUGUUCCGCCUUUCAUCCAAUCGCAAGACGAAUGCAACAUACCAUCUAUCCGUGAUCUCAGAAAACUAAUUUUAUAUCAAAGACCGAGAUCAAGGCCAAGAUCGAGACCGCCAAGCCCAACAACCAGGACUCGCCCGCCGCGAAGAAGCAGCAGGAACUCCGCGCUGAGCUGUCUUCGAUCCGUCAGAAGCAGCAGGGAUUCAAGGCUUCUCGCUCCAGCACCCAGGAGAAGAUCAAUGCCCUCGAUGCUACCCUCAAGGCUCGCAUUUCCGAACAGAACAACUCUCGCACGCGCAUGUCCUUCAAGAAUGUCGAGGAACUCGACCGCGAAAUUGCUCGCCUCGAGAAGCAGGUCGACUCCGGCACCCUCCGCUUGGUCGAUGAGCGCAAGAUUCUGUCCGACGUCUCCAACUUGCGCAAGCAGCGCAAGAACUUCGCCGGUCUGGAGGAGGCCCAGAAGGUCAUCAACGACCUCAAGACCCAGAUCGCUUCCCUCAAGAAGACCCUCGACAACCCCGAGGCCAAGGCUCUUAGCGACAAGUACUCCGAGAUCCAGAAGGAGCUCGAUGCCAUCAAGGCCGAGCAGGAUAGUGCCUUCAAGAACCUCAACGCCCUGAGGGACGAGCGCACCAAGCUCCACGGCGAGCAGCAGCAGAAGUGGACCGCCAUCCGCGAAAUCAAGGACAACUACUACAAGGCCCGCAAGGCCUACAAGGAGUACGAGGAUGAGGCCUGGAGAGUCCGCCGUGAGAAGCAGAAGGCCCAGCGCGAUGCCUUCGAGCGCGAGAAGCGCAAGAAGAUCGCUGACAAGAAGCUGGAGGAGGCCUCUCGUCUUGCUUACACCGAUGAGAUCCUCACUGCUCAGGGUCUGAUCCGCCACUUCAACCCCUCCUACGACUUCGUUUCUCUGGGUCUGGAUGAGAAGAAGGACGAGGGCUCCAGCUUCCGUGCUGAUGUCGGCCGUACCGUGGACGACUCCAACCUCAAGGGUAUGAAGGUUCUCAAGAAGGAGGACCGCGAGGAGGACUACUUCGUUGGCACUGGCGGCAAGAAGGGUAAGAAGGGCAAGAAGGGCGCCAACGGCAGCCCCGCCCCUGGUACCCCGACUGAGGCCAAGUUCAACCUUAACGUUGGUGUGAUCGAGGACUUCGCCAAGGUUAAGAUUGACCCUCCUAUGAACCAGUCGGAUGUCCCUGCUGUGAUCGAGAAGCUUGCCGCCAAGAUCACCGAGUGGAAGAAGAACCAGGCCUCCAAGACCGAGGAAGUGAGUUAAACGCCUUUUCUUUACUCGAGAUUCAAUGCUAAUAUCCGUCCAGAACAUCAAGAAGGCCC